AUGAAGUUCUCUACCUUGAUUGUCGUCACCAACGCGGUCGUGCACACACUUGCCCAUCCCCAGUUUCUAUCCACCCGCGAGUUUGUUCCUCAGGAGUGGAUUGCUCCAGCUCCAGGUGCUUCUCGUGGUCCCUGCCCUGGACUCAACACUUUGGCCAACCAUGGGUACAUCCCUCGUGACGGCAAGAACAUCACCCUCGGCAUCCUGAAGGACGGUAUGCUUACCGGUUACAACAUCGAGCACCUGGAUGCUGUUAUACUCUUCACGCAAGCUAUCAAGACUAGUCCCAAUUACCCCAAUACCCGCAGCUUCGAUCUGGCUGACCUUGGUCGCCACAACAUCCUCGAGCAUGACAUUUCUCUAAGUCGCUCCGACGCCUUCUUUGCUGAUCCGAACCCGUUCAAUGAGACCGUCUGGGCCGAGUCACUUACCUACUUUCCCGAUGAUCUGAUGACGGUCGAACAAGUCGCCAAGGCGAGGAUGGGCCGCCUAGCCACCUCCAAGAAGACCAACCCUGAGCACUCGAUGUCUAAGCUAGCUGACGGCUUUAGCUGGGGCGAGAUGGCAUCCUUCUUUGAGAUUAUGGCUGAUGGCACCACCGGCACGGUGGAGAAAAAGUUUAUCGAGUACUGGCUGAAGAACGAGCGUAUGCCGACCGAGAUUGGAUGGCAGCGACGACCUACAAUCAUGCGAGGAAGUGAGCGUAUUGAGUUCACGAGGAAGCUCAUGCAGGCUGCUGGCGUUGCCCGUCGUGACAUUAAGACUGAUGCCUACGGUCGUAAACUUGUAUUAUAG